CUUCACCCAGGCAUCGUUCUUGGAGCGGUGGCCUUUCCGCGAGUGGUCCCAACCAGGAUGUACCGCCCGCCUCCACCCGUCGGCGGUUAUGGGCCGCCGAUGGUCCUUCAGAGGCGCGUCAGUAUGACACCGAUGGGCAUGAUGACGCCGAGUCGCCCUGGGUCGCCUAGCCUGGCGGAAAAAGUGCGCCAGGCUGCUAUACAGCAACGCAAGCAGUACGCGCGCACGCCCGCCGAGCGGCUACUGCUCAAGUGGGUCAUCUGCUGGGUGCUCUUCGCUGCCGUGGCGACCACCUUCAUGCUCUGGUACCUGUUCAAACUGAGCGAGAAACCCGUCAUAACGGACAGCAUGAGCCGCCUGCUAAGCAUCCACGACCAUGUCGCCACCGAGAAGUACCACCAGCACGACCGCAUCUACAGGGCCAUCGUGAACAACAUCACAACGAGGGUCAUCAAGAACCAGUUCCAUAACCUGACCUCAACAAAUUCCGGUGGAAUGGGCCUUAUAAGGGCAGUGGCUAAGUACUGGAAAGCCAUGGGCAUGGAUGUGGUGAAGUUUCCCGGGUACCUGGUCUACACGACUCGACCGAACCACACGGCGGACAACAAGGUGAUGCUGUACAAAGACAAUCAGCUGCUGCUAACAUGUGCCUCCAGAGAUUCCAUGGUGCUAGCGGGGAAAACGUACAUACCCCCUGCAUACAUGGCCUACUCGGCCCGCGGCACAGCCCUGGGGCCUCCAGUAUACGUUAACUACGGCAGACGUCAAGACUACAACUACUUCAGAGAUGCGGACCUGCACGGCAAGGUUAUCGUAGUACGGUCUGGAAAGAUUACCGGUGGAGAAAAGGUGCGCAACGCCGAGGAGAGAGGCGCCGCGGCCGUGGUGGUAUUCCCGGAUGCCAGCGACCUGGCGCCCCGAGACGACACCCAGCCGUUCCCCGAGUCGAUCUGGAUCAGUGGCAGCGCCAUCCAGAGGGGAAGUGCCGCCUACGUGCGGGGGGACCCCCUGACACCUGGCUACCCUGCCAUUGAUGGGCUCUAUCGUAGCGCGAUCGACGAUGCCGAGCUGACGCAGAUUGUUGCACAGCCGAUCAGCUACGACGAUGCAAGAAGCAUCCUGAAGGAACUGGACGGGACGGCGUGCCCCGACAGCUGGGACCCCAUGCUCGGAAUACCAUGCUUCGUCAACGCUACGUCAGCACUCCAAUUGCAGGUGGAGGUACACAACGAAGUGAUUCAACAGUACAUCGCCAAUGUUAUUGGCAUCAUCAGAGGCAAAGUGGAACCAGAUCGGUUCGUGAUGAUAGGCAGCCAGACGCACGAAGACACUCGCGGCUCGGCGCACCCGCUUCUAUCGGUGGCCCAGAUGCUGGUCCAGAGCAAGUUGUUCUGCCACAUGCACAAGCACCACCGCUGGACGCCCCGGCGAAGCCUCAUGUUCGCGCUCUUCUACAGUGAGGAGGGAAGUGUCAUGGGCUCCACCGAGUGGGUCGAAGAGCACAUGGCCCUGCUGAAGGGCAGCGCCGUCCUCUACAUCACUGGCGGCUUGCUCAGCGGAGACAAGUUCUCGCCGCGGGCCACACCUGGUCUCUCGUGGUCACUGCGCCAUGUUGCCGGCCUGGUGAAAGUCAACGACACAACCACUAUGUUUGGCGAAUGGAAGCAGGACAAUUCCACACCAGAUAACAGCGUUGUAGCCAUGCCACCAAUGGGACUUUCGGAUGAAUCAGCGUUCACAUUUGGGGCUGGUGUUCAGUCUGUUUUCUUCCAAUACAUGGCAAGUAGCCCACCACCAUUAAAGUGGUGA